UUAAUCCUGGGUUAGAGUUAACCAGCUUUCAAACAACCCGCGCCCGCCCAGAUCAUCACAAAACACGACCUUGAACUAGAAAAACUUAAUAACGAUACACCAAAUCAAAUUUUUACGUCUAAGAUUUCGUGCCGGCCACAAACGAAAUAUGUCUUUCCUUAAAGGAGAAGUCGAGAGGGCGAGAGCUUUACCAUUACUGUGUCCUGUUAUGCAAGACAACUUCACCCCCAAGUUAUAAAACAUGAUAUCAUUUUGUACUUUCAUUUUCGUCGUUUCCACUAAAAUCUAUCGAAGGUUCAUUCUAAGCACCAAUUACCUUGGUUUGGCUGGUAGUUAACGAACAGACCUGGGAGAUAUGUGAAUGUACCUGUGCUUAUUAACCGCAACAGAAGCCCGUGUAAAUUGGAACCAUACACAGGUCUUAUUGAAGGAUAUAUCUUGUCGUUCAAGAAAUAUCACAUCUUGUAUACUAGUCUAUCAUCGGUUGACCUUAUCAAACAGGUUUCUAUCUUCAGUGGUGGUCAUGGGCAACUGUGGCCAAGAAACUCUUGCGUCAGAAAUCAGUGACGUACUGUCAAUCAAGAUACUUUGCGGCCUUUGCAGGCAGUAAUUUGGACUUCAAUCACAGCUUGAGUGUAAAUGAGUCAGUUUUGUCGUAACUCGCGCCAGAGAUAGAACUGCCUCUAUCAGGUGUCAGAGCCACUGGUUAGUUUUACUACAAGGUGUUUCCUGCACACGAAGUAUUCCACAACACCUAAGGACGUUACAUCGUGAAGAUGAAAGCCAUCAGUUCUCUGGUCUUAGCUUGUGUUCUUUGUUUGCUCUUCCUGCCGUCCGAAGCCGCAGCCAGCCUGAAGCAGCAAGGACAAAAACAAGUUUGCUGGAAGAUUAAUCACGUGCACCGAAUAAAGCGUGACGUGUCCCACAACAAUACUUCGCCUAACGUGACUAAAGUGCAAAACUUAACUGCCACGGGAGUCCCCCCAGUAGCUACAACUUUGACGCGCCGUCCCGUCUUUGACUGGCCAACAAGACGAAGAAACACCUCAUGGCCAACUGGUGGACCUGCCUUGAACUUAACAGGACUAAGAGAGGUUCAAAUGGAGAAGAUGUUAAGGGGAAACAGAAGCGAUGUUACGCUAGAUCAUCUGGGAUUUCCAAUCAUACCCAACAGUCAUCGCGGUACGCGACGACCUCUGCCGCCGACCCAAAGUAACGCAAGCAGACCCACUCAGAAUUCGGGCGGAGACGAUGGCAAUGGGGAUCAUGUCCACGAAAGUUUGGCCGAGUUUCGCCUGAGAGAAAAUAAAACACAAGCCUCGACUUUGCCUUCGAACACGACCAUAUCAACUGACGCAGAGCUUAGCAGCAAGGCCCCACAUACAGAGGGAGCUCAGAAAAAUACUCGCCAUGAUAACAAAGGAAACAUGUCCGUGAUAAUCUCAAAACACGGCAUUUGGAUCGCUGUCGUCGCCACCUUGUUGUUGUCCGCGUUCAUUUGUCUAAUGGUGCACUGGGUACGACAAAAAAGACGCGGAAAGCUGAUAAUUGCACCUGUCAGUAGCAACGGUCAGCGGUCUGCAGCCGUUGUUUACAAAGCAUGAACAACCUCCAGCACAGAAUUCCAAACGGGAAAUCCUGCAAGUUAAAUCAUGUCUAGCUUGCGGAUAACACAACUGAUGAACUUCUUUACAAAGGAACAAAGGCAAUUUCGCCCGAUGUUUUCGUUUAAAAAAUUAUAGUUGUUAGAAAAAUUUACUUUCAUUGAAGGAUAAGUAAUUGAUAGUUUAUUUUUGCGUAUAAAUUUAAAUUUCUGUCAAGUCUACCGACAAUAAAUUUUCGUUUCAGGUCUGCCGACACUAAAUGAUCUCAUAAUUUGUAAACAGAUCAACUUUAAACACUACUCUCUUGUUUAUAAAGUCUGUCGAGUGUCAAUCACUUGCAACGCUGUUUUUCGGUCUGUUGCAGUCAUUGUGUUCAAUGCUUGAAUGCAUGGUGAACGUGAACGGGUCAGUCAGAUAACUACGUGAAUUUGUAGAGUGCCUUUAACAAGGUUUUUUUUUACGUACUGUCUAACUUUCUUUUCGCGAAUAAUUUGGUAGAGAAAAGUGAUAUACUGGAUAAGAAAUAUAAGUUCAAAGUUCAGAACUCGAGGUUCCGAUAUGUUCAACGAUGGACAGUGUUUCAUGCCACUUUAGGUAGGACGUUUCGCUUUGAUGUCUGGAAAUCUGGCGAAACCGGAAAGGCGGUUACGGUAAACAAGUCUGUGGUUUAGCAUGCCGGUCUGUAAGUUGUCAUACAUGUGCUUCCUCGUACCCAGUCGCCCCCGCGAUAGUAAAAAAUAUAAUAAUUAACUAGUGAGGAGACGCGCAGGGAAUCAUGGGGAGGAGGAAACGCGGUUGCGCUCUUCACUCACUACAGGGUUACAGGGCGCAAUGCGCCCUGCUCACUACCAGUUGUAACAGUUGCGUCCCAGUCUCCCAAUCACUGAUAACGCUCAGAAAGAAAAAAAGAAACGUCUGGAGUGGAGGCAGAUAUAUGUAGAUUUUGUACUGUAUCUUAUCUUUCUUUUAAAUUAUGCUAAUUUAUCAUUAUUAAUGUUAAAAUGUCGUGUAUUGUUUAAAUAAAUUUUGUCUUAGUAUGAUUCCUUCUAAGUUGGCACAGAAAUUUUCUGAACAUCGACUUCUCGAACAUUGGGACGCGGAUGUUAAGAUAAUGGGAAAAAUAGACACGGCUGCAGCGGAAAGAAAAAUUUCGGAAGAUUAAACAUAAUUAAGGAGCCAGUAAAAAAAAGUCAUCAACCGUCUUUUAAUAAGCUUAGACAACUUCCUAAGGAAUAAGUCUUCUGACUGACUGAAAACCAGAUAUUAAUAUCUGAAUGUGAUUGGUUAAUCCCCUCUACAGCAACACACACUGCCGGCUCCUUGGCCAUAAAUUGGACUGAGCCGAUUAGGCUAAGAAACCCGGCACUAGUUUGUUUCGUUUUUUUUUCUGCGUCAGUUUUCUGCUGUUGCCUUUUAAACUUGUCCAUAAUGACAAGGUAGAUUGAGUUGCUAUUAGUUCAAUCCCUGCUUGAAAUUAAGCGUGAUUAUUGUUUGCUCGCGCGCAUGGUCUAAGCAUCUUUUUGACCUGCAACGAAGCAAAUAUUGAAAAAAAAAGUUGCGUUAAUGCCUUAAGUGAUAUUCCCCUGUGAUUGUCCUAAAUGAUUUUUCGAAUGUACUACAAGUGGAUAUUUUAAAUCUUUGGUUUUGGAGAAAUGUUUGCCUCCCCUAAACAGUAUUCUCCAACGAAGUCACAGAUAGUAUAUCCUUUUAAAGUUUAUUCACAAUCACAAUCUCCUAGUUCUCACAACAACCUUCUGCUCGUAUUUUUUUUCAAUGCUCCUUUUUAAAAACACCGCAUCGGGUUAGAUUACACAAGUAUUGAUUUAAAGAUAAACAGCGAGUGAUACAUAAUUAGGCGAGUUCAUACUACGUACGUAAGUAGGCCUUAAGUACGCCCAAGGUC